GCAGCACGGAUCGAUAAGAACAAAAACAAUAGCAGCCAUGAUCGAACUCGUUUUCUGCGAUUAGAUGCGCUUUGGUAAUUUUUGGUAACUCUGAAGUUGAAGAUGAAGUGUUGUUUCUCCAAGUGUGUUCCCGUUGAACGAAGUUUGAAGUGAUGAAACUUUGAAUUUCUUCAUGCAAAUGUUUCGGGGGAUUCAAUCCUAUUGUUCCGAUUUUUCGUAACAUUGUAAAAGAUUCGUUUCCCAAUCCCACUCAACAUUGUAAGUAAGCUUUUUUAGGAACAACUAAAAAAUGGACGGAAGUGCAUUACACGCGAAAGCGUCCUCUGCCAGUGGGCCUCCGCCGCAGGCUGCUUCAGAGUCAAGCGUCCCACCUAUGGCCAGUGACGCCGUGCCAGCCACCACAGGGGCUGCAGUUUCAAGUGCAGCUAAUGUCGAAGAUGGUACCAAAAGGGUUCCCCCUGGAGGUGAGGCAUUAUCUUCAAUACCAGGCGAAGCUGGAACAAUGCUCAGUGGAGAAAAUGGCACAUUUGGAACAGCAACAGGGUCAGCAGGAGUCGCGCCGAGUCGUGAUCUUCCUCCUCCUGCAGCCUCCGAUAUAGCACCUCCAAUCGAUCCUAGAAUUCCUCUCGAGCCACCGCCAGACCUCCCGAACGGAGGUGGCUUGGGUGGUAUGGACGUCGAAGGCUCACAUGUAGACUCAGUCUUUGAUGCCUUGAACGCCAUAGGGGCACCAGGCGACGACGCAGGACAAGCAGGUUACGCAGGAAUGGAAAAUCAUGUAAUAAUAGUGACUCUUCUUGGGCGUGAGUAAUCAGAUCUGCUUUUGUAUGCAGCGCCUAGACGAAGGACAAAGGACGAAGCAUUUUCUAGUCUCUGCGCUAAGGACUACUGUCACGCUCAUGAAAUCACGCCACUUAUUGCGUCAUGCAAGAUAGAACGAUUAGUUUAAUGCCCAACUUCUAACGAAUUAUCAUGUAUGAAGAGACAUUCAGAAUUUUUACGUCUUCAAGAUAGAAAAAGCGACUACAACUGACCCAUUCAGGUCCAGCAAGACUAUGCACGAAGAAGUAUGCAUCCUAUGAAGGUGUCAUUCUACGAGCUCGUUAUUCGACAGUUGAUGGACGAUGAAUUCUUAGAUGAAGCACUGUCUCUGAAGAACCGAUCGGGAAUGCGGGAGGCUGGUCACGUCGAACCGAACUGUCUUUACAAAAUGUACUUAAUCUAUAUCAAAUAUAUCAAAUUGCUACUGCGAUGGGUUCACAACUAUCAACAUGAUAGUGCACUCAAAACAUGUGGAAUAUCAUCAAAAAUUCAGACUAGCUAGGUACCACGGUAUAUCGUCAAAAGAAAUCGCACCUUUUUUUGAAGUUGUUGGAAGUAAAAUGCAGACAAAGUUGAUUUAUAUAUUAUAGUUUCCCGUAUCACAUCAGGUAUGAAGAGAAUUUUGGAAAGCUGUUUUCGGACCAAAAUAAGUGGACGGCGAUGAACAUAGCACCAAUACCGCCAAUAGAGAGCAACGAGCGACACUUAGACCUGGACUAUUCCCGGUUCGACUUAGAGGGGGCCGACAAAAUAAGCUACACCGAUAGCUACAGGCACGUCAUGGCGGAUGACGAUCCGGAGUCACUAGCGAAAGGCGAAGGAAAAGGCGGCAAAGGUAGGAGGUUCUUUACCACCUUUAUAAUAUCACACCAUAAUUAUAGACAACUAUCAUAGUUGUACUUGUAGACGUAUAAUAUCACACCACAUGAUCAAUACAUUUAGUAGGCUAUUAUAAUUGUACUUGUAGUCCUCAUUGUGUAUUUGCGAAGACAAAAACCUUUUCUACUUGCCGCCAGAUCGCGACGACAAGAAUAAAGACGGAGAUGCACCUGCGCCGAAGGCGAGGCCAUUACACCGGAAAAAAGCGAACAUCUUUAAUAAAGUCCACUACAAUACUUCACACAAGCAGAUGGUUCGCACCGUUGCCUUCAGUCCUGAUGGAAGGUAUUCAUACCAAUGCCUGAUCCAUUGUAGGUGAACUUAGUCUUGAGAAAGCCACAGAGGAAAGAUACCACGACUUCUUCUAGGAGCGCCUUUGCUUGAUGCUAUGAUACGGGCUCCAUUGUAUUGCAAUUACAGCCGUUGAAGAUACAAGGGGUGCUUCAACCGCUGCUCUAGUUAAAUUUCGCUUCUCUUUCUAAUGUAAAACCCAGGUUUGCGGCAUCGGGUUCGCAUGAUACAACCGUAAAAGUGCUGGACGUAAAUAAGAUGUAUCAUUACGGGACGCAGCACAAUGAUCGACGCGAGCAUCAAACAGAAAUUCGACCCGUCCUCCGAACCCUAUACGACCACACGGGACCCGUGAAUUCACUGCAAUUUCACCCCCACCUAGCCUAUCUUUUCACCGCCUCGGCGGACAAGACUGUCAAAGUUUUUGACCUUACGAAGCCCUCCACCCAGCUCAAAGCCCUCAGCAGUAUCCCCGACAGCAGCGUCGUGCAGAGCAUGGCGGUACUGCUUCCGUGUUUUGACUAAAAAGAUGUUUCUGCAUUUUUACUGUGAUUCUCACACUAGUCAUUGUUAGAAGUUGUGCGCCCUGAUUUUUGAUGAUGUUGAUGACACAUCCUCUUCUAAUACUAAAAUUUGCCCAAGAGAAAUCCCAUGACGCAGGACAGGUGCAUCCCUCUGGCGACUUUUUGUUCGUUGGUACGCAGCAUCCGACAAUACGACUCUAUGACUUGACACGCUUGGAAUGCUUUGCAGGACCGGACCCCAAAGACGUAUAUUUCUCAUGCUUGAUUUGUUUACUCGGAGCAGUACAGGGAGUAGACCGCAGUGAUAAUAUUUUCACAAGUUGAACAAGAUUGGGUUGUAGUACUUGCCAUAAGGUGAGGGUGAGCAGAACUAUACGAUUUGUUUUCUUACAGUAUGCUUCUACCUUUCAUGUUGACGAGUGAUUAACAACCCGCCCCGCCUCGUCUCAACAGUAUCACACGGGUUCAAUAACGGAUCUGAGCGUGACAUCAGACGGGAAGAUUUUAGCAUCGACUUCGACAGACGGAGAGGUAAGGCUCUGGGACGUAGUUUCGCAUAAAGCAGUGAAUACGCUAACAAGGCCACACCAGGGCAACGCCGUGUGCUCCGUAAAAUGGAGCAGGAAUCUUAGGUAUUGGAGAUCAUUCGCGUUUGCAUGAUCAUAUUUGUCAACAUCAAUGAUCAGUCGUCCGUUUAAAUUCCUGGAUAUCCGCCAAUCUAAUCAUCAGGCUUUCUUGCUGCAUCAUGUGUCAUAAUACACAAAAAUAUAUGUCUCCACUCGUGUCUGCUGUAGGUAUUUUCUGACAGCGGGCUGCGACGGAAAAGCAAAGUUGUGGGACGUCAGGAAAGGCGGAGACGAGCCUGUCUUUAACAUGAACAUCUGUUCUGGACGGAACUUAGAGUACGCCAGAGCAGCAUUUGUCGGGCAAGAGCGUUUUAUCGCAGUCGCUUCAGGUGGAAACGAUCUCUGUAUCCUUGAUGCGCAGACGGGCGACUAUCUCCAAGGAGGUACUUACUUGUUUUGCAAUUGGUGGAUAUCGUGUUCAUAUGUGAUCGUGUGGGACUAUUACUUAUGCUGCAGUGCUAAGUAGUGGUCAUCAUGUUGUAGUGCGUGUUCUUGUGUUUGAUCGUUCCAUUUCCCAGUUGUACUGGAUCUUACUUACUUUUAAAAAGCCAGUAUCACCGAAUCAAUUGAAUUACGUUCUUUUUAAAAUGUUUACGAUCAGCUGUCGCGCGCGGUGGUGGCUAUCAUCACGGGCACCAUAACCAGCAUUCCAACCCGGUGUUUUGUAUCGCUUCGCAUCCUAUGGACACGAAGUUUCUAACCGGCAGCGAUGAUCACAAAGUAAGGUAUUGUGAAAUCCAGAACAGACCUGAGGACUGGGUACAUUACAGGGACCGACAGCACAAGCGAGAUCGAGGCGGUCAUCAUGUCAAACACGAGCAAGAGCGCGACUGGUGUUAUGAAACAAAGCGUCUCAACUCUUGGUCACUUAAAGAAGUUUUUCUUCUCCUCUACUUUCAUAAAGCAACCCAGACCACAAACACAAUAGACCUACCAUAUGAAGACAGUGAAUACAUAGUCUCUCUCCGUACCUAGAGAUUUGCAAAACUCCUUAUUGGUUGCGGGCUUCUUCAUCGAGCUUGAAGAUCUAUGUAAUUCUAUCUCACCACGUGCACUUAUGAGCAGGAGUUCUAAUAUCUGCAGUCGGGAGAUGGUUACCACGCUGAUGGGCAGAAUUACCCACCAGACACAGCACGCAACAAGGACGCUGGUAGUAAUGCUGCUGGAAAGAACGAUCUUCAAGUGCAGGUGGACCAACCCUGGUGGGCACAGGGCGGAGGCGCCGAACCGAGGUCAGGAAGCACGAGCAUUCAGGGCUCACCGGCAACCGGGCCGAACGUUGCGGGUCUAGGCGCUCCACCACCACCACUGGGAGUAAUGCCUCCCGGUGUAGACCUAGAUGAAGACCCGGAGGCAGCGCCCCUGCCUGGAGCGGAGGAGCUUGAUGAUUAUGGUUGCUCAUUGUCAGUGUCGUGAUAGAUAAGAAUCACUGCCGCGCAUGUGCCUCAAUGCUACUGCAUAGUCGAAAUAUCAAAGAUGAAGAUUCGAUAUUUCGAUUUUAGGUUCUCAAUGCCUGGCUGCUCUGUUCUCAAUACAUAGUACACGACGGCACUGUACUACAAACACAAAUACACUCACAUCGUGAUUAAGAAGUCAAUGUUUAUUAGAAGGCCAUUUUCUAAGCUGCUGGAACCGGGCACGAUCAUGAUAUGAUGAACAUGGAUGACCACGGAGGAGAUGAGCACCUGCAGGCGGAUGGGGAUCUAGACAUGACCGGAGCUGGCGGCAUGGAUCCAAACUACGGGUAAGCGCUUUGCGGUCUUCGGAGUACAUAUGAUACCCCUUGAAAACUUUUCGAUUCGAUGAGUACCUUUCGCCCAAGAUACAGCAUCGACAAAGAACUGCUUACAUAUUUAACUGAUGUUCCCUGCCUCGAUUUUUUCGAUUGGAGUCUCGCUAUACCAGGGUCUUUGCUUAGGAGCAUCCAUCGGAUCGCCGAAGAGAAAAUUACGCGCGCCACACGUUCGAAAAAUAGUGAAAACCGGAACGAACACGUGUUUAGUUUCAGAAAAGUACAGCAACAACUCCGAUUCCAAUUUUUGUUCAACUCUCUGCCAGAUGGUUUUGUCAUUUAUCGUGCUUGCUAGCACUCUUCAUAUGCGUGAGUCUCGCGUGCUCACUUACCAGACCUGUAAGGCGGCGUUGCUUCCAGCGAAGCUACGACUUUUUUUUCGCCUACUAGCGAGUGGUCCAA